AAAACAUGAUUUAAGCAUCCUACCAGCCCGCCGCUUCCGGCUAUCCAUGAACUGUCAACCCACCUGUUCUCUAGGCCAAGCGUAGUCAGGGUAUAAAAAAAAAAAAAAAGAGACAAAAAAAAAAUAGUAAUAAUGCAAUUUCAAAUGCCUAGCAUAUUACUUACCUGGCUACUGCUGCUUCUCGGCAUCUGCUUCGCCGACGAGCUCAGGGUUCACGACACAUCCUUUCAACCCGAUUACGUGCUGGUGGCGACGGCGCAAAACAUCACCAUCAACUGCCAGACACGAUAUUCCGUCGUCUUCAACGGCACCUCCCCAGGUCCGUCACUGGCGUUCCGCGAGAAUCAGACGACGUGGGUACGGGUUUACAACCAAAUCAAGGAUCAAAACGUCACGGUGCACUGGCACGGACUCUCUCAGCGAACCGCUCCCUUCUCCGACGGCACCCCGUUGGUCAGCCAGUGGCCAAUCGCACCAAGCAACUUUUUCGACUACGAGAUUCGACCCGAUGUUGGCAGCGCCGGUACUUACUUUUACCACAGCCACGUCGAAUUCCAGGCCGUCACCGCACACGGCGCAUUGAUCGUCGAGGAUUGCGGCAAGCCCCCUUACGAAUAUGACGACGAGAUAAUUGUCGCCCUGGGCGAGCACUAUCCAAAGACGGACCGUCAAAUCCUCGAUGAUCUGCAUGCGAAGCCCUUCAGGUGGUCGGGUGAGCCCGAGGCCAUUCUUUUUGGCGGGCGCUCCGGCAACAAGUCCUUCUCCGAAGCCUCUCACGAUUCUUGCAAGCCUGCCCUGAUCAAAGUCAAGCCCGACAAGACGUACCGCAUGAGGUUCAUCGGCGGCACGGCCAUGUCUCUGGUCGUUAUGGCGUUUGAAGACCACCACGAUCUGACCAUCAUCGAGGCCGACGGCUCGUAUACAAAAGCGGCCAGCACGGACAGACUCCAGGUCGGGUCGGGCCAACGGUACAGCAUUCUUUUGAAAACAAAGUCGGCAAAGGAUGUUGCCAGCGCCAACAAGACCAACUUUUGGAUCCAGUAUGAAACGAGGGGGCGGCCAACCAACGUGACCGGGUGGGCACUGAUACAAUAUGAUCUUCCAGAUCAAGCAGAAGCAACUCUGCCCGCAACCCUGCCGUCCAACCCUGUUACUACUAUUCCCGAUAACCCCAGUACUUGGAUGGAGUAUACGCUGCAGCCUUUGCAGGACAGUGUUCGUCAAAAGUUUCCAAAGCUUUCCGAGGUGACACGGACCAUUUACCUCAACGUUAAGCAGGUGGUAGUCGACGGAAAUGUGGUCAACGGGAGCGUCAAUGGCUCAAUACAGUGGGCUCAAGCCGCGAAAAAUGUGCCUCCCAUACUGAUCGGCAUCAUCACAACCGGCAUCUCUCCGUCCAGAGAUGCUGCACUCGCCAACGACGGUUGGGACCCGACCACACAAACGUUCCCAGCGGCCGUGGGGGAAGUAAUAGACAUCGUCUGGCAGGGAAACUCGGGGCAGCUAGGAAGUUGGGACGUCCAUCCCAUGCACACUCACGGGACCCACAUCUACGACCUUGGUAGCGGCAACAAUACCUAUGACGCCGCGGCCGUGGAUGCUCAGCAUUUUGCAGACGGCAGUUUCGUGCCGGCCCUUAGGGAUACCACCAUGCUGUACCGCUAUGCGGCCAAGGGUGAGCAAAAUCAUACAGCCGGGUGGCGAGCGUGGCGCGUACGGGUUACCGAGGAUGACAUUGGUGCCUGGGUUAUGCAUUGCCAUGUCCUCCAACACAUGAUGAUGGGAAUGCAGACAGUGUGGGUUCUCGGGACGGCAGCUGAGAUUCUCAAAAAGUUUCCCAGCACUCCAUACGUCAAUGGUUAUCUGACGUUUGGAGGAAACGCAUAUGGAAACGCGACAUAUGAUCCACUAGUAAUGCACCACUUCUGA